GAUACGCCCGCCUAACACCCAAAUACCUAACACCCUCCUACCCAAAGCAGUCGACCCUUCUCUCCCAAACCAUCGAACCCAUUCUUCUCCACCGUACCCUGCUGCAAACCACCAUUACCCUGCAACCGUACCACCACCUUCCUCACCUUCACUGCCACCACCACACCUCCACCAAAGCUCCUUACAAACGCAACCCACCUUCACCACCAACUAUCAUGAUGAUUUUCAAUCCCUUCAUCAACAUCACACGACCUCAGUGACGUGUGGGAUUGAUGAGAGUGAUUGCAUGUCAUCAAUCAAGGACAACAAGGCUAUGGAGAGGUAGAGAAAGAGAAUUGGCAUCAUGGGUUGCGACUAUCACGAUGAAUUAGUUCACUAUCAUGUGUUGCUGCUUUCCCUGCUACCCACUGCUUUUGCACUGCUUCUGUUGUCAGCAGUUGCUGUUGCCUUCCCUUGCAGCUGCCCUGCUGUGCAGACUUGCUACUUGUUUUCUUGUGCUGCUGUUGCUGCUAUCUUUCCUUUCUCCUGCAGCUGCUGUUGCUUGCUGUUACAUACCACUGCUGCUUUCCUCUACAGCUGCUGCUGCUGCCACUGCCAGGCUGUUGCUGCUGUCACUUCUUCCACUGCCAAGCCAAGUGCAGCUCCUGCUGUUGUUCUUGCUACUCCUGCAGCCAAGCAAAGGCCUAGUUUAACAACUGAGCCCAAAGCCUAACUCAGUAACCAAGCCCAGAGCAUAACUUGGGCUCAUCAGCAGACCAAAA